GCCCUUGUCUUGACAGUACAUGAUUACUCAUUCGUUCGCACGCACGAAACACACAUCGCAUAUGGGCGGUGACGCACUGUGUGUGUGUGUCGGUAUAUGUGCCUCGGCGCGUACCGCGUCGUCGUCGUCGUCGUCGUCGUCUUCGUCGUCGUCUUCGUCUUCGUUUUUGUUUUCGUUUUCGUCUUCGUUUUCGUCUCCGUCGUUGUCGUUGUCGUCGUCGUCGUCGUCGCCGCCGUCGUCGUCGUGUUUCUUCCUUUGAACACGAGUGUCAGGUCACAGGUCACGGAUCGUAAGGAAGGCGUAAUACCUUUCUUCACCUUUGUCGUGGUUCAUACCACGGUGGUGAAGCACGAUGUAUCCUCGUACUAACGCCGAUCGCCAUGAAAAAGGUUCGCUCCUAAUCGUCGCUCGUUGAGAUUAUCAAUAACAGCAGUAGCAAUAAAUCGUAAUAGUAAUAGAAACAGCAGCAACAGCAAGAGCAGCAGUAGUAGCAAUAGUAGCAACGGUAGCGGCAGCGGUGGCGGUGGCGGCGGCGGCGACGGCGGCAGCGGCAACAACGAGACGCGUGUCUUCUUGUCUUCCUUUAUCGUAGAUUCAACUUUCUCUCAGGGUUCUCAGAAAAAGUUAUCAAGUUGGAACCUGACUGGGAUCGCCGAACUUCGAGGCGAUCCUUUCCGUCUCGCUCUCUCUCUGCGUCUGUCUUUCUUUUUCUCCUUUUUCUCUUUUUCUCUUUCUCUCUUUCUCUCUCUCUCUCUCUCUCUCACUCUUUUUCUGUCUCUGUCGCACGCGCGUCUUCCUGAAUACGGCGGGCGCUCGCGCACGCCACCACCGACUAUCUCGGACGAUUCAUUCGCGAUCGCACGACUCGUUCCUAAAGACGAUAAAACCGUCUUAUAGACGAUAUUUCUACGCACGCACUCGAUUCCGAAAGUACGAGUUUAUCAAAAUACGGCUUAUGCACGUUGCACUCAGAGCAGUCGCUCUUAUGCACUCUGUCGCUGCUAAGCCGCCAUCUUGAAUACGAUGCACUGCCGAUAACUCGGCUACUGCGACGACGCGCGAUUUCGUGAAAUCCUUUUAGCGCGAAUGAAACACGCAAAGGAAACAGAUGCUUUGGUAUUUAACAUCUGUCGUUGGUACUUAACAAAUGCCCGCGGCGAUUUCGCGUCUGUGAAUUUCGCUCCCUCUCUCCUAUUGGUCCAGAAUUCAUUAGUUUUUUCGCAAUGCCCAACAGAGCCAUCUAUCGGUGGUUCUGGAAUGAGAUAAGAUUGACGACCCUGAGAUCUGGAGCACCCGUUUCGUUUCCGAAUAUAUACGAGACUGCAAACAAGGCGUUUUCAGGUUACUGCGCAUGCGGGAAAAAUCCCGUGAGUCGGCAGAAAGAGAAAGGUAGUAGUGGUUCGUUGCAGCUGGAAUUACUGAACAAAUUGUGGAAUUGGAACAGUGCUAAACAGUGUAAAAAUUAUUCCACAACAAUUGAAACCAGGGAUCAAGAGAUGACGGGCAUCAAAGAAAAGCCAUUUCGCCGACUUCCUAAUGAUGUUCGACCGUGUCACUAUGAUAUCACGUUGGUGCCGGACAUAACAAAUUUCAUCUUCCACGGAACGGAAAAUGUGCAUAUUAAUGUACUCAAAUCUACUGAUACGAUUGUUUUAAAUUCAUUGGAAAUCAAUAUUAAAAGUGCAUAUUUUGUUAAUAACAAUGGAUAUACAAUUCCUGCAAAGAGUAUUGACAUAUCUUCAUCCGAAGAAACUGCUACUUUGGUAUUCGACGAUAAACUUCCAGUUGGAAAAGUUGUGAUUCUAAGUUUGGAAUUUGUAGGAGAAAUCAAUGACAAGAUGAAAGGUUUUUAUCGCAGUAAAUAUAUAAGGACUAAUGGUACGGUUGGUUAUACAGCAGUCACACAGUUUGAACCUACAGAUGCUAGACGUUGUUUUCCAUGUUGGGAUGAACCAGCUCAUAAAGCCACGUUUGACAUUACUUUAAAAGUACCAACUGGUGUUACAGCACUUUCAAAUAUGCCUAUCAAGGAAAGAACUGUUAGCGAAUCAAUUGAGAUAUUAACUUUUGAGAGAACUCCUCUUAUGUCGACCUAUCUGGUAGCUGUAGUAAUAGGAGAGUUUGAUUAUGUAGAGGACAGAUCAAGUGAUGGUGUACUUGUACGAGUUUAUACUCCAAAAUCCAAAAAAGAGCAAGGACAAUUUGCAUUAGAAGUGGCAACAAAGGUGUUGCCUUAUUAUAAAACAUACUUCGGUAUAGCGUAUCCGCUUCCGAAAAUCGACCUUAUUGCGAUUUCGGACUUUUCAUCAGGUGCCAUGGAAAAUUGGGGUUUAGUAACGUAUCGAGAAACUUGUCUCUUGGUAGAUCCACAAAAUACAUCUUCUGUUAGGAAACAAUGGAUCGCUUUAGUUGUAGCACAUGAAUUAGCUCAUCAAUGGUUUGGAAAUCUCGUCACUAUGGAAUGGUGGACGCAUCUGUGGUUAAACGAAGGAUACGCUUCAUUCGUAGAAUUCCUUUGCGUUGCACAUCUUUUCCCUGAAUACGAUAUUUGGACGCAAUUUGUAACAGAUACGCAUAUCAGAGCAUUGGAAUUAGAUGCAUUGAAGAAUAGUCAUCCUAUAGAAGUCCUAGUCGAGCAUCCAGCUGAAAUAGAUGAAAUUUUCGAUGAUAUAUCGUAUUAUAAGGGAGCAUGUGUUAUCAGAAUGCUGCAUUCUUAUAUAGGCGAUGACGAUUUCAGGAAGGGUAUGAAUUUGUACUUAAAAAGGCAUAGUUACUUUUAUGCAGAGACAGAAGAUCUUUGGGCUGCCUUGGAAGAGGCUAGCAAAAAAACUGUUCGUAGUGUUAUGUCUACGUGGACCAAACAACAAGGCUUUCCCAUUGUAAAAGUUGAAUAUCGACAAGAAGGUAACGACAGAAUUUUGUCUCUCUCUCAAGAAAGAUUUUUAGCAGAUGGAUCUGUAGAUACGGACAACCAAACGUGGAUUGUACCAAUAAGUGUAAGCACUUCCAAACAACCCAAAGAAACUGUUCUUAGUGCAUUAAUGGAUGAGAAGACUAAAGAGUUUGUACUUAAGGACGUACCUGAAGGUACUUGGUUAAAGAUUAAUCCUGGAGCGAUCGGUUUUUACAGAACGCGCUAUAGUCCAGAAGCGAUGUCUCUAUUUUUGCCUGCCAUUAAAGAUCACACGUUACCUCCAUUAGACAGAUUAGGUCUUUUGGAUGAUCUUUUUGCUAUGGUUCAAGCUGGACAUGCUUCGACCGUAGAAGUACUUAGAUUCAUGCAAGCAUUUAAACACGAGGACAAUUAUACAGUAUGGUCUAGUAUAGUGAAUUGCAUAGGAAAGAUUAGUGUACUUUUAGCUCCUCUAGACUCUGCGGAUGCAUUCAAGGCAUUCGUUCGAAAUCUAAUGCGCGAUAUUAGCAAAAGAUUGGGAUGGGAUCCAAAGCCUAACGAAAGUCAUUUAGAUACGCUUCUCAGAUCUCUCAUAUUAGAUCGUAUGGCAGCUGCAAACGACGAGGAAACUAUACGACAAGCAACGAGGAGAUUCGCACUUCAUAUGUCUGGCGUUAUGCCCCUUCCCGCAGACUUAAGAAGUCCGGUUUAUCGUGCUGUUCUCUCCGUAGGUGAUGCUUUUACCUAUGACACUAUGCUUAAUCUCUACGAAGAAUCGGAUCUUCAUGAAGAAAAAGAAAGAAUAUUGAAAGCGCUUGGUGCGAUCCGAUACGAAAAUUUAAUAGAAAGAACUAUUGAAUUCUCCAUGAGCGAGAAAGUAAGAGCACAAGAUACUGUUUUUGGCUUCAUGUCUGUUACAAUGACACAAUAUAAAGGCCGUGUUAUUGCCUGGAAAUUCUUCAAGGAACAUUGGAAAACUCUUCUCGAUCGUUAUGAGGGAGGUUUCUUACUCUCCAGGCUAGUCAAGUUAACGACCGAAAAUUUUGUCUCCGAAGAAUACGCCAAAGAUGUGGAAAACUUCUUUGAAAAUCACCCAAUGCCUGGAACAGAAAGAACGGUCCAACAAAGCAUCGAAUCUAUCAGAUUACAUGCAGCGUGGCUUGCUAGAGAUAAAGACUCUAUAAAAGAAUUUUUAAGUACCGUAGUUUAGAAUAUCCUUGUUUUGAGUUUAUGAAUGUGUCGUCGAUAUUCUUGGCUUAGCAGAGAAUCGAUAAAAUCGUACCUUUCUUAAGAGUUAAGAAAUUAUUUAAAUCACGUAUAAAACGUUUUUAAUAACGUUUGACAUUAACAGGCAUAAGAUCGCGAUGAUCUAUUGUUUGUUCGUACCAUAGUUCGUCAUUUGAAGGAAAUAAUCGUUUUACUUAAGAACCAUCAUCGUUCAUUUAGUUUAGGGGAAGUUUUAUUGUCAGUAGCAUUUACACAACAAUCGUCGUUCGUUCGUUUAUCUUGCAUUUCACUUAGAACAUACGUACUUACCAAGAAUCAUGGAAUACGCGCAUCGGUAAUUUUGUGCCGCUUUUAUGUUAUAUGCGUAUUCACGAGUAUGAAAAUUUCAUAUCAAAGAGAAAUGUAACGUUACCGUUCCCCAAAACACAAUUGCAUUUUCGAGAUAAUUGAUUCGAUGAGUGAAAUUGAAAUAAUCGAAAUAAAAACUUUUACGCUUAUAAGUAAAACAAAAAAAAGAAAACAAAAAAA